UUGGCUUGUACGAGAUGCUGGGUGCUCUGAGUUUAACCUGAGUCUCUGUAUUUGACAAGAUAUUUUUGCUUGUUGCUCUGGGAGUAGCUUGAAGGGCCUGGUGGUUCUACUUGGUUCUUCUGUGUGUGACUGGAAGGCCUGGUGUCCAUCUCUGCUCCUCUCUGGUCUUGUUCCUUAUACUGUGAGACAAUGCCACCUACCUACAUUUCUUGUCAUCCUAAUUGCGUGUAGGUUUGUGUGUGUGUGUGAAUUGCUCUCUAAGGGGCCCAAAUAUCACAAUCAUGGCAGUGGCAGGUUUUGCCCUUUUUAGUUCCCUCUCCCUUGAUUAACCAUUAGAUUACAUUCCUAAAUUUAGUCCCCCAUUUCAUUCCCUUUUGUGGACACUGACUCAUUCUUGAAACUAAACACCAAAGUCCAACAAUCAAAAUUCAUUACCUGCCUACACUUGUCAACCUGUCCAAUCAGAUCUCAGCAACUCACCCUAGCACACACUCAAACUUUGUAUUUAAAAUCCCACUGCUGAAAAAAGCCUGCUGUGUGUUGUCUGUCUUUGCCUGAUCCAGAGGCAGCUCCCAAUGCCUUGCUUGCCCUGCGGGGAAAUGCAUCUCUUUGUGCUGACAAUUUGGUGUCUCAGUGUGUUCUGUACUGUCUCUGAGAGGCUCCUUUACAGUGUGUGUGUGUGUUGUGUGCGUGUGUGUGUCCCUUCAGAUCGUGAGAGUUGGAGGUUGAUAGUAGGCCUGAGGAUUUGCCUGUUUCAAAGAUUUCAGUUGAUAUAAGUGCUGAGACCAGGGAGCUCCACUUUGAGCAUCACUGUUCUCAGUCUUUGUGCUCACCCUGGUGCCUCGUUGGAAUAACCUUGGGAGUUUUAUAAAGCCAUCCACAUGGAGUGCCUACUCAAGCCAAUACUGACUAUGAGUUCUGGAUAUCCUUGUAAGGACAAACCAUUUCUAUUCUAACAUCAGUGGAAAUGUCAUCACAGAUUUCAUGUAGGCCCAUGCCUGUGGGCCUACAUAGUGAGCUAGUCUACUCCUCCAGGCCUACUGAGGGAGCUCAUGUAGGUCUGUCUCCCUCCCUGUUGACACCCAGCCUUUUCUGGCCCUGGGGCCGGGUAGGAAGUCUAUUGCACAUCAGGAGUUCCUAGUACAUAGGAUUCAGGAUGUGACAUCCAGUGGGCUAGGGUAGUGCAAAAUACAUCCUUAAUUCAUGGGGUCCCUGAGGCUUGUGUUCACAGGGUUCUUUGUUCCUGGGGCUAUGCCCUACCACAGGCUGAAUUCUGAUCAUGAGAUGCAGAACACAGAGCAUAAGAUGGAUAUGGCAGAUGUGAUGAAAUUACCUAAGGAAAUUAGUGAGGCCUUGUACAAGUGUACGGAGCUGAGUGAGAAGACCAAAAUCUCGCGCACCCUCUACAGUCAGCACCUGAGUGAACAGACUCAGCUGAAGGAAAAAGUGAGAAUGUUGCUAGAAGACAAGAAAAAGCUGCAGGGGGAGCAGAUUUUACUACAAGAGUCCUGUGAGGAGGCAAAGAGGCUCUGUGAGGAGGCCCAUGAGAAGAUGUAUGCCCUCUGGACAAGGCAGCUCCAGGAACAUCAAAGACUUGAGGAAAAUCUUCAGUCCCUGUUGAAGCAGAAGGAGCUGCUCACCAAGCAAAGGGAAUUAGCAGUAAAGCUGCAGCAUCACUUCACUGUGUCCCAGAUGAGCACCUCUUCAGAAAACUGAGAAGGCUGGAAGAAGCCAGAGACACCUUGAAGGCAUGACAUUCUAUACUCCAGGUUCACGGCCUCCUCAGAAAAUGCCACCUCUUUUCAGGUGUGAACUCACUAGUGAGGC